ACUCAGCCCGCACAAUCUGGACAACGUCCGCCUCCUAUAGGUGAAAUCACUUCACUGCGAGCAAGCUGCUUGAGAAGAGGCGGUUCAGAAUGGCUACAAAAAGAAAACAAAUACAGACGUUAAAAAAUCAAAAAAUAUUUAAAGCAAGUGAAGAAUCUACAAUUCAGAGAGAGAAGGAUUCUACCGCUAGCAAAUACUUCCUAAAUAAGAAAACUUGCCUUUCAUCUGACUUUUAUGAAAAGUCGUGCAUUGAUUUGGCUAAAUCUUUCUUAGGACAGAUUUUGGUUCGUAAGCUGCCAGAUGGAUCAGAACUUCGUGCCAAGAUUGUUGAGACUGAGUCCUAUUUAGGAGGUGAAGAUGAAGCUUCACAUUCCAGAGGUGGCAAGCGGACAGAGAGAAAUAUUGCAAUGUACAUGAAACCUGGGACGAUUUACGUGUAUCAGAUUUAUGGUGUAUACUUCUGUAUGAAUGUUUCCAGUAAGGGAGAUGGUGCAGCAGUUCUUUUAAGAUCUCUAGAGCCUAUAGAAGGCCUUGAUGAAAUGAGAAGCUUUAGAAGUAUUCGAAGAAAUGCAUCAAAGUCAUUGAAAGACAAAGAACUUUGUAAUGGACCCUCAAAACUCUGUCAGGCUUUGGAUAUUAAUAAAAGUUUUGACCGCCGGGAUCUAGCCAGUGACCAGAGCGCAUGGUUAGAGGCGGGGUCAGAAGUCAUGGAGGAGGACAUUGUAUCUUGCGCAAGGAUUGGCAUUGGUUAUGCAGGAGAGUGGACACACAAACCUCUGCGUUUUUAUAUUAAAGACAACCAGUAUGUUAGUGUGCGGGAUAAAGCUGCGGAGGGUGGUAUGACUUUUGUUCAUACAAAUGUACUUGUAGAUAACAUGUGAAACAUAUUUACUGUGGUAAAUAUGGUAUGGUAUGCAGAGUAUAUGGUUAUGCCAGAGAUCAGACUUUGAACUUGGAAGGAAUCAUAUAAUUGUAAUCUUAUGUGAUUUGUUCUACAUGUUACAUAUGUUUGUGUAAACCUUCUGGCCAUAUGAGUAAUUCUUAAAGACCUGCCCAUACGUGUAUUUUUUUUUUCAGCUGUAAAAUGUGUUUUACUGUAGGAAAAUGCAAUUUAUGUAACACUUAAAGGGGUUGUAAAGGUAAAUAAAAAUCUUCCCUAAAUAGCUUCCUUUACCUUAGUGCAGUCCUUCA